AGUUUUAAUUUGAUUGCUUUAUUGCACGCGCGCUAGUGCAGGCUCGGUACAAUAUACACUCUAACACCGAUUUCUCAAGGCCCAACUACCGAAACAUGUCGAAGCUUUUGCUGAUGUCCCUGAGCGAUGUGGACUAUCAGGGCUGGAUGACCAAGCAGGGUGGGAGCUUCAAGAACUGGAAGAGGCGCUGGUUCGUGCUGAAGGGCCCGGUCAUCUACUACUUCAAGAGCAACGCUCCUGAGACGGAGGUUCAGGGACAGAUAGACUUGACCUCGCAGUCCUUCGUUCGUCAGGAGUUCAAGCAUGGGAAGAAGCAGGCGUUUGCCGUGGCGACUCAGAAGAGGAUAUUUUUCAUGUACGCAGAUCAAGACGAAGAGUCGGCGAAGUGGAUGAGUCUCAUUUCAAAAGCAAUUGACAACAUUCAGGAGCAGGCAACGUCUAAAGCUUCUUCCGCGGCGGCGAGCGACAAAGACGCCAACGGGUCUGCGAAGGCGGAAAUAUCUUUCGCGGACAAAACUGCCAACGUUGAGGAGGCCAGCGAGGUCCCCGCGUCCAUGUCGUCGGCGGCCGCCAGCCUCAAAAACGCCAUCAAGGAGAUACCCUUCUUGAGGGACGGGGUGAGCAAGGUGUCAGAGUUUUGCAAGGUUUGGUUCCAGACCAUUUUGACGCUCGAGGAGCAGAGGGCUUCCGAGCCGUACGCGCAAAUCGAGUACCAGGCGAUUUUGUCCGCGAACAUGCAAAAAAUUACUUGGUGUACCUCAGGACUUCAGAACGUUCUGAUUCAGAAAAUGGUCGACUUCUUCUGGAACGUCGGCGCGCCAGAGGGCGAGAUAGACUGUCUGAACGAGGUUGGGUCCAUGAUGAACCCCCCCAUCAUUGGCUUUUGGAUCGACAUAUCUCAGGACGAGGGCAUGGAUGGCGGAUGGUACUUUCCGUCUAGUUUUUUCUUGGAACAGGCUCUCGACGCCGCCGAUCCCUGCGAAUCGACCCACAAAAUACUAGAGUGGGCGGAGUCCCAAGGCAUCACCAACUGCGUCCUAGUGGGACGAGACAUGGGCGCCGCGCCUCCCCGCCAAACACAGAUUCACGUUCAACUGUCCAAAGAUACCAUGCGGGAAAACUUAGACAUCGCGCUGUCCGCGUCCAGAGCCUUCGGGUUUCCUGACUUCGACACCCCCAUUCUAGACUUCAUCCUGUCGUCCAACAACGAAAAGGGCAUCAAAUUGUCUCUUGUCUCUUGUCGCGACGGCUUCGUGAAAAUUGGCAUUAUUGUACCAAUAUCACCCUCUUCCGUCGAUGCACUAUGUUCUUUAGCCGGCGUGGAUUCGAGCGCUCAUAUUUUAAAGUUUUCGAGUGUACUGGGUCACCCAGCUCCAAACAGCGUCGAGUUUCAAUUCCUGAACCAGGGGUUCGGCUACGGUGUUUACAAAGAGGGUGUCGAUAUCAACUUCUACUUCGCUGUCGGAGGAAAAAAUGGCUCUGUCUCAUAAAAAGAGAGAGAGAAAGUGAGCCCCCCUUCUGGGUGCAAAGUUCUCCCAUCUCUUAUUUCUUUUUCGGCCUGCUAACAGA